GGUUCCUUUCGAGAUGAAACCAAUGAAGAAGAUGCCAGACAAUCCCUCAAAAAAGCAUCCUGUUAUGCUGCUAAAUGAACUAAUGGGAGGUGCUAAGGAGAACUACACUGAUACUAUGCUGGGUCGACCACCACACCAAACAUUUAUUGUCAAAAUAUGCAUCCAAGGCAACGAAUAUGAAGGUACUGCAGCAACAAAGAAAGAAGCUAAAGCUCGGUGCGCAAAAGCAGCUUUAGCCGGUCAAUACAGCGUUGAAUAUUAGUCUCGCAACAGCUAUAAAUAUUUGAACAAGAAAUUUGUAAAGUAUUCAAAGCUUUCUUGUGAAAAUUUAGUGAAAAGAAAAAAUUUACAACUUUUGUUAUUUAUCUGUUACUGUUACUUGUUUGUAAAAUUAUAAUCACCAAAUGUAUGUGUAAAUCAACUAAUCUAAGAAUAAUUUAGAAGAUAUUUUCAGUAAUUCAUGCUAUUCUGUAAAUUAUGUUCUAUUUUUCCAAAUUAUGUAAUGUUUCAAAAGUUUGUUUUUGUUCUAAAACGCGCCCAAGAUUCAAAUUCGUGAAAUGUGCGAAAAAGUUUUCGAAAAUGGUAUGUGUUUGUAUUAAAAAAGAACGAUCACUCAGAGUUUUGAUUUUAGAAAAGAAGUAAUAGUGUAAUUACAGUUAUCGACGUGCUUAGUAAUAUGUUGGAAAUAGUUUUUUUUUUAAUGAUAUUUGCUCUCGGCACAGGAAGAGUUACAAAACGUUGAUCAUAGUAUUUGUGCCCAAACCUGGCACUCGGUGUCAGGUUUGGAACAUAGUGCGCUUGGGAACUUUCUUCCCCUGUAAUGUUCGGUGUUUUCCUAUCAAAAAUGUGCUGUGGAGCGCAGAUCGCCCUCAUUUUGAAAGUGAGAAACCUUUUGUGACUUUUUAAUUUAAUACCUGGAUUAGUAUAAUCCAGGAAGGUUUUUCAUUUUUAGAAAGAAGGGUUUCGGUCCUGAAGCCCAGUUGUCGUCUAAUUUCGUGUUCCUUUUAAUGUCCAAAGAUUAGAACUCUUAAUGUUGCAGAAAAAUGCCUGGAGGUUAUAAACGGAAGAAGUAUCAUUUUGGAGAUACACAUCUCAAGAAAGGAUGGAAACUAAAGCGAAGGACUAAGGAUCUGGAUGAGAUAGAUGUUGACCUGAUGGAGGGGAAAGUGGAGAAACUUUUGACCCAAGAUAUUGAUUUUGAUAAACCCGGUCUUGCCCAGUUCUAUUGUGUACACUGCUCGAAACACUUCAUCGAUAAUUCAGCGUUCCAAACCCACAUCAAAUCCAAGCCACACAAGCGUAGACUACAUGCCUUAAAGACGGAGCCGUAUUCUAUUGAGGAAUCUGAGCGAGCAGCAGGAUUAGGAAGCUACAUCAAACCUAAAAAGAGAAAGAUGGAGACCUUGUUGCCUAACGCAGUGAAGGAUGGGGAAACUCUUGCAGAUGUGAAAAAACGUGCCAAAAUCGACGGAGUUUUUGCAGAGAAACCUGAGGUUGAUGAGAAGGCCGGGGAGCAUCUGGAAGAGGAUCUUGAUGAGAAUGGUAGCGGAGGGAGCAGUGAAGAUGAAGAUGAAGAUAAGGAGGGAGAUGUGAGGAUGUAAAUUAUCCUUCAUUUCUAUUUUCUCUUCAAGGCUCGUGAUAAGAAAUUUUUUCAGAA